UACUGCUGAGUGUUUUGAGUACGUGAUAUCGGAUGGUGAUGGCGUUUUACACGGUCGCUCGAUCGACUAAAAACUACGCAAAUGCCUUUCGAUAUAAACUUUUCGAAUUGAAGACCAGACUAAGUGUCUAUCGAAGUCGAUUUUUGAGUACAGGGUCCAGUCUCCAAGACAAGCUAACUCUCAGCUACUGCCAUGGUGUACCCACAAAGCCAUUGUCAGGUGACACAUUAGGRUCAAAAAUUGACCAGAUAGCAGUUCGGUUUCCUGACAGAGAAGCAUAUGUCUUCUGCCAAGAAAAUCAAAGAGCAACUUUUGMAGAAUUGAAAGAUGAGGUGGAUCAAGUAGCAGCAGGUUUUUUGUCACUUGGUUUACAGAGAGGUGAUCGUGUAGGUAUAUGGGGUCCUAAUAUGAGAGAAUGGAUUCUAACACAGUUUGCUACAGCAAAAGCCGGUCUAAUAUUGGUGAAUAUCAAUCCAGCUUACCAGGUCUCUGAAGUAGAAUAUGCAUUAAAAAAGGUACAAUGUAAARCAAUUGUCAUGGCUGAAAGUCAUAAAACUCAAGACUAYUAUCACAUGAUCAAUCAAUUGGCUCAUGAACUGCCUGAUUCYUCUCCUGGUGAUCUGUACAGUGSCAGACUUCCAGACCUUAAGGCUGUUAUUGUUGCUUCAGAGAGUAAAAGAGAAUUUAGAGGAACUUUAAGAUUCAAAGAGCUUGAAGAAUUAGGUGGCAAUGACGAGAAACAAAAGCUCAAGCUACUGCAAGAUGAAUUACAAAGUGAUGACCCAGUUAAUAUUCAGUUUACGUCAGGAACCACAGGAUUCCCAAAAGGAGCCACAAUAACACACCAUAAUAUGAUUAACAAUGCAAUGUGUGUUGCRGACAUUCUUGAUUAUGGGAAUCAGUAUACAAGAGUGUGUUGUCCAGUCCCUCUCUAUCAUUGCUUUGGUAUGGUAUUAGGCAGUGUCUGUACUCUUACUAAUGGCACUACAGCUGUUUAUCCAUCACGUGCAUUUGAUGCAGGAGCUUCYCUUCAGGCUAUUCAACAAGAAAAGUGCAAUUCCUUAUAUGGUACUCCAACCAUGUUUAUUGACAUGUUAAACCACCCUAACUGUGGCAAGACAGACUUUUCAAGUUUACGUACAGGUGUGAUGGCUGGAUCACCUUGUCCUAUUGAGGUUAUGAAAGCYAUUAAUAAAACAUUUCAUAUGCCAGAAGUAACUGUAAGUAACACGCACAAAACUAACGUCUUAAAAACACAAUAUUUCAAAAUUGACCUYGCAACAAUGGAUGAGAAUGGAUAUGUUAAAAUUAUUGGUCGAAUCAAAGAUGUUAUUAUCAGAGGUGGUGAAAAUAUUUACCCUACAGAGAUUGAACAAUUCUUGUAUAAACACCCCAAGAUCCAGGAUGUGCAGAUUAUCGGCGUUCCUGAUAAGCGAAUGGGAGAGGAAGUCUGUGCAUGCAUCAAAUUACACGCUGGUGAUACAGCAACGGACGAUGAAAUUAAACAAUUCUGUAAAGGGCAGAUUGCGCAUUUUAAAAUUCCAAGAUACGUCAAGUUUGUAGAUGACUUCCCUCUAACUGUCACCGGAAAGGUCAGAAAAUUUGUUAUGAGAGAAGAAAUAACUCGCGAACUUGGUUUAUGAUCAGGCCACAUGAAACUCCAAAAUCAAAAYCUGUAAUUGGUAUUUUUCUGUUGACAUCACAACAGCCAUGUUGAUGGUACUUCCACUAGAUAUCUGUCUUCAUACUGACAACAUGGCCUCCACCCAUUUGCUGCAAAACCGUUGACUUUUGUUUUUUUUUAAAUCUUGGAAACCAGCAAUAAAUACUGUACCAGCAGUGGUUUAUACAACUGUUAAAACUAUACUUUUUUUUGGACACAAUGCAAAGAGUUUACUAAAUCGUGAUAUUUACACAGAACAAAUGACUGCAAACGUACUGUAAAAUAUAUUACUGUAAAAACURUUUUUAUAAAAUUCCACAUUUAUAGCGGUUGCACUUUUUUUUUGUCAAUUAUUUCAAGGUUAGUUAGCUUUCCUGGCUAUUAACAAUUCGAGAAAUUCUGUAGGAUUUUAAAAGAAAACCACUACGUUCAUAAAAAUGUCAAUCAAAGAGAAUUAAUAUUACUAGUAAAGCUUGAAAUUUUGUAAUCAAGCUCUACUUUUUAUUCUCUACACAUGUAAAACAUUGCAUGAUAGCUUGGUUUAGCAGUCUUUCCAAUCAGUCCAUCAAUCAAUUUUAAUCCAUAUAUCAAAAGAGCCUGUUUUUUUAUGUAGAAGAUUUUGAAUUGUUUAUCGUUUUUCAUAGUAAAAUCCUUUCCAAGGUAUAA